AUUUGUUUAGUCAUCAUCAGAGGUCGCCGUAUCGUAAACCUCACCAACCCUGACCGACUGGGAAACAGAGAGAGAGACACACAGCUAGUGUGUAUAAUAACAGAGGUACCAACAUUGUACACCCCCUGUAUAUACUGUGUAUAUAAUGUAUGGGGGUAAAUAUACACCCCCCUGUAUAUACUGUGUAUAUAAUGUAUGGGGUAAAUAUACACCCCCUGUAUAUAAUGUGUAUAUAAUGUAUGGGGUAAAUAUACACCCCCUGUAUAUACUGUGUAUAUAAUGUAUGGGGGUAAAUAUACACCCUGCAUAUGCCUCGUGUAUAUAAUGUAUGGGGUAAAUAUACACCCCCUGUAUAUACUGUGUAUAUAAUGUAUGGGGGUAAAUAUACACCCUCUGUAUAUACUGUGUAUAUAAUGCAUGGGGUAAAUAUACACCCCCUGUAUAUACUGUGUAUAUAAUGUAUGGGGUAAAUAUACACCCCCUGUAUAUACUGUGUAUAUAAUGUAUGGGGUAAAUAUACACCCCCUGUAUAUACUGUGUAUAUAAUGUAUGGGGUAAAUAUACACUCCCUGUAUAUACUGUGUAUAUAAUGUAUGGGGUAAAUAUACACCCCCUGUAUAUACUGUGUAUAUAAUGUAUGGGGGUAAAUAUACACCCCCUGUAUAUACUGUGUAUAUAAUGUAUGGGGGUAAAUAUACACCCCCUGUACAUACUGUGUAUAUAAUGUAUGGGGGUAAAUAUACACCCCCUGUACAUACUGUGUAUAUAAUGUAUGGGGGUAAAUAUACACCCCCUGUACAUACUGUGUAUAUAAUGUAUGGGGGUAAAUAUACACCCCCUGUAUAUACUGUGUAUAUAAUGUAUGGGGUAAAUAUACACCCCCUGUAUAUACUGUGUAUAUAAUGUAUGGGGGGUAAAUAUACACCCCCUGUACAUACUGUGUAUAUAAUGUAUGGGGUAAAUAUACACCCCCCUAUAUAUACUGUGUAUAUAAUGUAUGGGGUAAAUAUACACCCCCUGUAUAUACUGUGUAUAUAAUGUAUGGGGUAAAUAUACACACCCCAUAUACUGUGUAUAUAAUGUAUGGGGGUAAAUAGACACCCCUGUAUAUAUACUGUGUAUAUAAUGUAUGGGGUAAAUAGACACCCUGUAUAUACUGUGUAUAUAAUGUAUGGGUAAAUAGACACCCCUGUAUAUACUGUGUAUAAUGUAUAAAGUAAAUAGACACCCCUGUAUAUACUGUGUAUAUAAUGUAUGGGGGUAAAUAGACACCCCUUGUAUAUACUGUGUAUAUAAAUGUAUGGGGAGAAUAGACACCCCUGUAUAUACCCGUAUAUAAUGUAUGGGGUAAUAGACACCCCCCCCUGCAUAUACUGUGUAUAUAAUGUAUGGGGUAAAUAUACACCCCCUGUAUAUACUGUGUAUAUAAUGUAUGGGGUAAAUAGACACCCCCUGUAUAUACUGUGUAUAUAAUGUAUGGGGUAAAUAGACACCCCCUGUAUAUACUGUGUAUAUAAUGUAUGGGGUAAAUAUACACCCCCUGUAUAUACUGUGUAUAUAAUGUAUGGGGGUAAAUAGACACCCCCUGUAUAUACUGUGUAUAUAAUGUAUGGGGGUAAAUAGACACCCCCUGUAUAUACUGUGUGUAUAAUGUAUGGGGGUAAAUAGACACCCCCUGUAUAUACUGUGUGUAUAAUGUAUGGGGUAAAUAUACACCCCCUGUAUAUACUGUGUAUAUAAUGUAUGGGGUAAAUAUACACCCCCUGUAUAUACUGUGUGUAUAAUGUAUGGGGAUAAAUAGACACCCCCUGUAUAUACUGUGUGUAUAAUGUAUGGGUAAAUAGACACCCCCUGUAUAUACUGUGUGUAUAAUGUAUGGGGUAAAUAUACACCCCCUGUAUAUACUGUGUAUAUAAUGUAUGGGGUAAAUAUACACCCCCUGUAUAUACUGUGUAUAUAAUGUAUGGGGUAAAUAUACACCCCCUGUAUAUACUGUGUAUAUAUAAUGUAUGGGGUAAAUAUACACCCCCUGUAUAUACUGUGUAUAUAAUGUAUGGGGUAAAUAUACACCCCCUGUAUAUACUGUGUAUAUAAUGUAUGGGGUAAAUAUACACCCCCUGUAUAUACUGUGUAUAUAAUGUAUGGGGGUAAAUAUACACCCCCUGUAUAUACUGUGUAUAUAAUGUAUGGGGUAAAUAGACACCCCCUGUAUAUACUGUGUAUAUAAUGUAUGGGGGUAAAUAUACACCCCCUGUAUAUACUGUGUAUAGAAUGUAUGGGGUAAAUAUACACCCCCUGUAUAUACUGUAUAUAGAAUGUAUGGGGUAAAUAUACACCCCCUGUAUAUACUGUGUAUAGAAUGUAUGGGGGGGUAAAUAUACACCCCCUGUAUAUACUGUGUAUAGAAUGUAUGGGGGGGUAAAUAUACACCCCCUGUAUAUACUGUGUAUAGAAUGUAUGGGGGGUAAAUAUACACCCCCUGUAUAUACUGUGUAUAGAAUGUAUGGGGGGUAAAUAUACACCCCCUGUAUAUACUGUGUAUGUAAUGUGUGGGGUAAAUAUACACCCCCUGUAUAUACUGUGUAUAUAAUGUAUGGGGUAAAUAUACACCCCCUGUAUAUACCGUGUAUGUAAUGGAUGGGGGUAAAUAUACACCCCCUGUAUAUACCGUGUAUGUAAUGGAUGGGGGUAAACAUACACCCCCUGUAUAUACCGUGUAUGUAAUGGAUGGGGGUAAAUAUAGACCCCCCUGUAUAUACCGUGUAUGUAAUGGAUGGGGGGUAAAUAUAGACCCCCUGUAUAUACCGUGUAUGUAAUGGAUGGGGGUAAAUAUACACCCCCUGUAUAUAUACCGUGUAUGUAAUGGAUGGGGGUAAAUAUACACCCCGUGUAUGUAAUGGAUGGGGGUAAAUAUACACCCACUGUAUAUAUACCGUGUAUGUAAUGGAUGGGGGUAAAUAUACACCCCCUGUAUAUAUACCGUGUAUGUAAUGGAUGGGGGUAAAUAUACACCCCGUGUAUGUAAUGGAUGGGGGUAAAUAUACACCCCCUGUAUAUAUACCGUGUAUGUAAUGUAUGGGGUAAAUAUACAGCCCCCCUGUAUAUACUGUGUAUAUAAUGUACGGGGGGUAAAUAUACACUCCCUGUAUUAUUGGCAUUGAUAUAGAACCAACAUAUUCCAUAGCUCUUUAAUAUUAUAUGAGGGGGAGAUUAACAAUAAAUUAGGCAAUUCCAAAAAUUUACAGGAGCAAUAGGUUGAAGAGUUAAAGGACCACUAUAGUGCCAGGAAAACAUACUCGUUUUCCUGGCACUAUAGUGCCCUAAGGGUGCCCCCACCCUCAGGGACCCCCUCCCGCCCGGCUCUGGAAGGGGGAAAGGGGUAAAAACUUACCUUUUUCCAGUGCUGUGCAGGGAGCUCUCCUCCUUCUCUCCUCCUCCUCUUCUCCUCCCCGUCGGCUGAAUGCGCACGCGCGGCAAGAGCUGCGCGCGCAUUCAGCCAGUCACAUAGGAAAGCAUUUGUAAUGCUUUCCUAUGGACGCUGGCGUGCUCUCACUGUGAAAAUCACAGUGAGAAGCACGCAAGCGCCUCUAGUGGCGGUCAAUGAGACAGCCACUAGAGGAAAUAGGGGAAGGCUUAACCCAUUCACAAACAUAGCAGUUUCUCUGAAACUGCUGUUUAUGAAAAAAAUGGGUUAACCCUAGAAGGAUCUGGCACCCAGACCACUUCAUUAAGCUGAAGUGGUCUGGGUGCCUAGAGUGGUCCUUUAACCCCUUAAGGACACAUGACAUGUGUGACAUGUCAUAAUUCCCUUAUAUUCCAGAAGUUUGGUCCUUAAGGGGUUAAAAUAAUAAGAGUACACUGCUCAAAUGAGCCUACAGUCUAGAGGAGGUUGGAUAUAAAAUACAGUAGGACAAGAGAUGGCAAUCAAACAAGGUGGAAGUAAAGCAGAGCUUGAGGAGAGUGUUGGGUGCUGCCCUUUAGGAGAGAGCAAGGGACAGGUGUGUGAGGUAGAGCUUACUCUGAGAGGGCAUAAACUUUCCUGAAGAGAUGGGUUUUAAGAAACUUCAUUCAGGUAUUUGUUGAGAAUAUGCAGGUCCAGAAUCGGUCUCUAACCUCCUACAGCUUUUUUUUUUGUGAGUAACAGAUAAGAAUAGAAACAGUGUGUUCUUUCUUCUUCUGGGACCUUUAUAAUGACACUCUGAAGAGUUGUUAUGAAAUUCGAGGACUAUUCUUUUUACUAUGUCUCUGGGCCACCUUAUGACAUGAAUGCUGCGUCUAGGAGGAGACUUGUCAAAUUCCAUGAAGUAACCGUUUGCCACAAUAUUCAGGGAUCCAUUUGUCUCUUAUGGUGUUCUCCCAGGCAGGAAAGAAUAAAAGCAGGCGGUCACCUACUCCUUCUACUUGGGAAUGUAAGCCAUCAUAAUGUUCUAGAGCUCUUAGAUCCAGGGGAUCAGCACCAUCUAUUUCCUCUGGUAGAAGAGCGAUCACCUCGCCCAGAUUGAGAUCUUCCAUAAUCUUGGCCUGGACGGUAAAAUCUGUAGUCUUGAAAGGAAGAUCCUUCUGUGAAUCUUCUAUCUCUGAAACUCUUUCUAGGUCUGCGAUCCUGAGGUACUAAAGCCUUCCUACCUUCUGCUGCUCUCUUGAUGCAGUCAUCCAGUUGUUUCCCAAAAAGCAUUUCUCCUUGGAAUGGCUGUUUUUUAGACUAAGCAUCAGCUGUCCAAUUUCUUAACCAGAGAUCUCUUCUGGCGGAGACCGAGAGGAACAUGUUUCUGGAUAGCGCCAUAACCAUGUCGACUGAGGCUUCUGAAUAAAGUCUGAUGCUAGUUUAAUGUCUUGAAGACUGUUAAUGGAUGCUCUUUUUCUGCCUUCUCUCAGAUCAUCCUCUAUCUUCUAUUCAUAAUUUUAGAGCCUGAGACAAAGAGGCAGAAGGCAAGUGCCAGCUGCAAUAUGGGCUUUGGCCAGGUUCAAGUUCAUUAUGCAAUCCAUAGGAUCCCUUAAGGAGCCCACAUUGUCUACCGGCAGUCGUACGCUUGGCCAGUCUGACUUUAGCAGUGUCUACUUUAGGAGAAACCCAUGAAGCCACAUCUGAGGACUGUAAAGUGUAUAGGCAGGAAAUCCUGCCAUGCGGAGAGCAUAUUUUCCAUUUUAAUCCAUUCAUCUAUAGGAAGAGCCUUAAUAGUCUCAUGGACUGGAAAUUUUAGGUAUUUCUUUUUUUAUUUUUUGAGAUCUGAGAAGAAUUUAGUAGAUGAAGGUUCUUAUGUGGUGGGCUCUUUCAGAUUCAGUGAUCUUCUGACCCUGGAAAUCGAGUGAUCCACAAUAGCUGGAUCUAACUUUUGAGGGGGGGUGUUGAAAUUGCUCCUCUGAAGAAAAAUCCUCAUGCCAAUAUAUCGUCUGUAUCUGGGCCUUUUGCGUGACUGACUGGCCUCAUUAAUACCCUGGGAAACCUAUUGCUUGAUUAAAUCCAUGAUGCAAGAAGGAUUGGAAGGGCCUGCUGCACAAAGGUGUUUCUCUUCUAUUAUUUUGACAUUGCACGCCUCACAUGCUUCUUGGGAGACUUCCUUCUUGAAGCUCUCGCUUUUCUUCCAGUUGAACUGAAACAAAAGGGAAUAUUAAGCAUUGCUCUGUUUAGUUUAUUACCAUCCUUUUAAAUAGGAAAAGUAGAUAAAUGGCUUACCUAUUACUCUUAGAUUGUGACCGUUUAUCAGAGGAUGAUGAAUCCAAAUCCAUAACUGAAUCCUGAUGUGAAAAUUAAUAUACCAUGAAGAAAGGAAAAAACAGAUCAGAUACUAUCCCUUUAAUUACUGAGACUUUAAAUACUUACAAUAAUGACGAUGCACAAAGGAUCAAAUUAGGAAUUCUUUGCUUAAGUAAAGCUCACGGAAAAAGUGGAGACAAAAUUCCAGGAUUAAGAGUCUUGGCGCUUUUAAUAGGAUAGGUGAUGUCAUAAUUGGCCUUUUGCCACUGUGCAUGCGCAUUCGCGAACAUUCGUGCAUGCAUUGUGUACUCUGUUCGGUUAACACAUGCAUAGUGGUGUGAGGCGAAAGCCCAAAAAUGGUGUGACAGAACGGGGUUCUAGAAGCCCGAUCGUCAUUUGUUGAACAGAAACAUAAGCACAGUGUGAUGGUAGUCUCAAUCACCAAGAACUUGAGAUGGACAAUUCAAUUGGGUAUCUGGAUGAUUCCUAUGUUUAAGUCACCCUGUGUGCACUGUGGGUGCAGAGUGUGUGUAAUGUGGUUGUUUGGGGUUAAAUGUUAAUGUGCUCUCCUGUCUUCCUAAUGCUUGCAAUCAACUUGAUGACUUUGUCUGUGAAGCCUGUACAGUGCAACCUGUUGGUUGCAAGGACCUAGCAACAGCUAUAUGCACUACCUGAAUAUCAAGGCUUGCUAAUUUGCAUAUUUGGGUAGUUUGCAUAUUGCCAAUUCUGCAGGCAGGAGAGCUAUUUUCUCUUAAUUAUGGUCUUUACCACUCCUUUAUAAAUAUGUAAUUAUGUUAUUAUUAGUUCCUGUAUGUUGUCUGUGAUUUGACUGUAUUUUUGAGUUGUCACAGUAAUCUAUAUGUAAUGUACGUAUAGGCUAGUCCCAAGAAAACUUGUUUUGUAUGUUCGUUCCAUUUGGUACUGGGUGUCCUUUGUGCAUUUUUAUUUUUUUAUUUUUUUUGCCGAUCCCAGUGAAAGAGUCUUUGGACCGGUUUGCUGGCUGCACAAUCCCUCUAGUCCUGGGAUAAGUCAAGAGUUAAGCCUGAGAGUCGCAAUUGCCUUUGUAAAGGUAUCUUUAAUUGGUGUAAGCAGAGCUGCAGCAGAAGAGGCAAAGGGGAUGAUACGUGCCUCGAAGGAAAGCUGCAGCCUGGUAGGGUAGAAGACCCCGGUCAAGCUUCGGCGACUGGGAUGCAAGCGUUUUUAGGAUCCUAGGAUGCGGAUUGGGCGGAGGUACUCGGUCGGAGUUUAGGAACUCCAUCACAAACAGAUUUAGUUUGUACCAAAAUGCAUGAACGCUAAAACUGGCGUGAAUGGUCGAGGAUUAUAAAAACCCCAAACAUCAUACUUGCAUUAUCAAAGCCAUUCGGUUUGUUCCCAGAAAUGAGGACUACAAGCAAACUACAGCAAAGCAAGUUAAUUUUCUUAUGCCCGAAUCCAAAAUGUUUGGUAGGAAGAGGGUAAGGUGUCCCAGGGAUUUUGCCAAAGCUUUCUUGCUACCCCCAGGGUCACUAAAGGGGUAUCCUCAGGGUUUCACCUUUGCACAGGGCUGUACCCUGAAGGCUUCCUGAGGAAGAGAGCCUAAACUCUCUUGGGACAGGGGGUAACAACCACCAGGUUAGCUAAAAAGAAAAAAAACAAAAUGUUCACAAUAAAAUAUAUACGUCCUAUAGGGAAUAGGACGGGAAUAAAAGACUGCGUGUUGGAGGGGGUACUUAUACCUUUUGUUUUUAUUGGUUCUCGUCUAUCAGGGGAGGAGCUAACCAUUGUUUUGCUGCCAUGGAUAUAACAAGGAAAUACGGUUUAUCCUGGGAAGUAACAGCUUCUCUGUAAUUGUAUUUUUCUAUUACUUUCAGGUUUAAAGUAUAAAUUGAAAUGGAAUAUUAUGUUACUCUGUAAUAACAGAUCUAGUUUAACUUCUGUCCACAACUGUUCUCAGGCUGCAUGAUUGGCUGAAUGAUGACAAACACAAACCGGAAUCAGAUGACCGAGAGGAUCCUGGAUCUGACCCUGGAGGUCAACUACCUGCUGACUGGAGAGGUGAGGGAUUCUGGGAAUGUCAGUGACUCCUUUCUUCUCAUUAAGUUAACUUUAAUCAUUUUUAUUCAUAAUUUAAUGUCCCUACUAAUAUAUACUCUUUGAAUUUCUUAAGAGUGGAGAUUUCGGGACGUUUCAUGGUGGGGGAGAAUAAAUAUUGCAAAAUCUUAUAGUAUGAUCCCCGUGUCCUGCGCAGAUAGUUGGGUGAAUUUACCGUAUAAUUGUGUAAAUUGGUUAAUCUCCUCUGGACAUACACCACCAAUGUGGUGCUCCAGCGGUGAAAGACCAACGCUAGUAUCGAGGAGAGACUCCAGGGGCAUAACCCCAAAAUGCUAGUCACAAUGCCAAAAGACAAGCAGCCUAAUAAAAAUAUACUAUAUACAUUGAAUUCAAGGAUUGAGAUGUCCCAAUAAAGAGUGAGUUUAAAAAGUCAAGUAGAUACAAAAAUGUUCCAUGAUCCCUGAGUGGUAUAAAGGUAUCAGCAGAUCUCCCCUCUGAGCUUUAUUCAGGCUGGCUCUAUGGGCUUCUGCAGUGCUAUCCUAGUAAGUCUGGUAUCCCAACCAAAAUAAGGGACAGCAAGAAAUAAAUAGGGCUACCACUUUAAAAUAUAAGUGCUUUUGCACUACUAGAAGUAAUAUUUAAGUUAAUCCAAACUAUACAAAAUGGUCAAAUGCUAUUUUCGAGGUAGCAUCGGCAAACAAUUGUAAUGUUUAAACAGAGUACCCCCUCAAAAAAAUAUAUAUGUUAAUAAGUGGUGUAUACACAGAACAAUUGUCUCCAAAAAAAUAUAAGGUGUGUGUGUGUGUGUGUGUGUGUGUGUAUAUACACAAACUAAGCGAGACCAUAUAGUUGGAGAACAAUUAGGAAGUAUGGAGCAUAGAUAUCAUGAUGCUUAGAGUGCUCAAUGACAUAUCUAUGAAUAGAUUAUUAGAUAUAGAGCAGUCGGAGAGAGGAAGGUAGAGGGGACAGAUAGUAGCAUAUACUGCAUAUAAAUCUAGCAGUUUAAUGGGUAGUCCCUCCCUUCUUAAAAAUAGCCCUUAGAUCGCUAGAGGGGUAGCACAAUGGAACAUAAUGUCUACUCAAAGAAAAAAACGGUGAAACAAGCUAAGUGCCAUAUCGUGUUAAAACCCCUUCAGAAGUUUACCUUAAUCCAGCGCUGGGCUCCCUCUACGCUGGUGAGCUCUCCUCCCCCGCCGACGUCAGCGAAGCAGAUUGUGCAUGCGCGGCAAGUGCCGCAUGCGCAUUCAAAGUGUCCAAAGGAAAGCAUUUUUCAAUGCUUUCCUAAGGACGCUCUGCGUAAUGGAGGCAAAAUGUGCCUCCAGCGUCGCAGAUGCGCCUCUAGCGGCUGUCCGGAAGACAGCCUCUAGAGGCUGGAUUAACCCCAAAUGUAAACAUAGCAAUUUCUCUGAAACUGCUAUGUUUACAUCUGAAGGGUUAAAAACUGAGGGACCUGGCACCCAGACGACUUCAUUGAGCUGAAUCACUAUAGUGUCAGGGGGGGGGAAAAGCGGUUUUCCUGACACUAUAUAAUCCUUGGUGGACCAUCACCCUCAAGGUCCCCCUCCCAUGGCGCUGAAGGGCUUAAAACACCUUCAGCAGCUUACCUUUAUCCAGCACUCCUUCAGCGCUGGUGACCUCCCCUGCCGAUGUCCGCUCCCGGGUGGAGUGGCAUGCGCGGAAAAUGCCGCGUGUGCAUUCAAACAGUCCAUAGGAAACCAUUUCUCAGUGCUUUCCUAUGGACACUGCGCGAUGGAUGUGAAAUUUGCAUCCAGCGUUGCAGAUGUGCCUCUAGUGGCUGUCAGGAACACAGCCACUAGAGGUUGGAUUAACCCCUAAUGUACACAUGUAAAAUGUUUCUCUGAAACUGCUAUAUUUACAUCUAAAGGGUUAAAACCUGAGGGACCUGGCACUCAGACCACUUCAUUGAGCUGAAGUGGUCUGGGUGACUGUAGUGUCCCUUUAAAUCUGUCAGAGAUGCAUUAUAAACUUUUAAAUAAAUGGUAACUGGUCCCAAGUAGUCUACUAGGAUUUACCCCAACGCCUCAGAUAGAUGUUGGAGAUGCUUAGUUCCGAAGAGUUUUUCUGCAUGUAUGGCGGGAAUGUCAACCUAUCCAACUUAUUUUGGAAAAUGAUACACUUAAAAAUCCAAACUUUACUUUCAAAAACUAUUUAUUUCAACCUGAGUCUUCUAUUACAAUUAAAUAUUUAUUUAAAACAUUUUUGGUACAGCCUCCACUAGUGUGAUACACAUCUUGGUAGCUGCCAAGAUGUUGAUUGCCAGAAGCUGGAAGAUGGUCAAAAUUCUAAUUAUUUACCAAAUUAAAAUGGAGAUGGGCAUUUGUAGAACAUCAUAUGAUGUGGUUGGAAUAGGUUGAGAAAACCCUUCUAUGACGUUGAGUGGUAAAUGUUUUAAUCUUUGAACAUGACUGGGCCAACCCUCCUCCCCGCAGGGAACUUAGAUUAAGGCCCAUUUCCCAUACCAUCUCUACUGCAAGCCUCUACAAUUGAAUGCUACAUCUUUAAGGUACAAAUUUGGAAUUCAGAAGAUACUCCACCAGAUUUCUUUCACCUUUGCCACUCGAUUACUUUAUAUAUAAUGUUUUCAUUGUUAUCUAUAGUGUACUACUGUAGUAUCUUGUACUUGCAGCUACAUGCAUUCAUUAAUAAUCUGGCUGUUAGGAUUUGAUUGGCAAAAUUGUAAUUCACCACUGUUUCUUUUCCCCUCCCACUCUGUAAAUACCUUGAUAUAACUGUGUAUCUCUACUCCCUCCCUGGGCCCAUUUCCCCUAACAUCUCUACUGCAAGCCUCUGCAAUUCUACUCGGCUCAACCCGCCCACCCAGGCUCCCCCUAAAUUUAUAGCAUGCUCCACCAGCUGUUUAAAAUACUCACUCCCUUACUGCUUCAUUCCCUCUAUAGUCUACCAAUAGCUGCAACUCUGUUUACUAAGCCAUCACUUCCAAAGUUCCCCUACCACCUCUUAUCUCAAACCUCCACAGUAUCCUUUAGAUUGUAAGCUCACGGGCUAUCAACAUAUGCACUUUGUAUAAAAGAGCUUAAAUGGCAAGAUUUCAGCUUUCAGGCAGGGCCCUCUCUACCUUUUAUAUUUGCCUGUGUGUAUUGUAUGUUCUCUACUAAUUGCACAGCGUUGCAGAAUCUGUUUGCGCUUUAUAAAUAUCAGUAAUAAUAAUGAUUUGUGGGGUCGUUUUUUUUGUGUUCGUUUUGUUUGGUGAUGUCUUAUUUGUUUUAAUAUUAAUCAAAAUUAUGUCAAUGGAAACAUUGGCUUAAAGGUUUGUGCAUGUCAUUAAAUGUUUGUAUAAUUGAAAAUGAAUAAAAAUUGUGUGUGUGUGUGUGUGUGUGUGUAUAUAAUAUAAUAUAUAUAUAUAUAAAAGUUAAAUUCUGAGUCUGCUAAGAGUAGUAAUAAAGAUGCUAGGUGCCAAUAUCAAAAUGAAAUCCGUUAAGCAGAUGGAGCUGGCUACUUCCAAUGGAUGCUGUGACGAAGCUCCUAUGCUCAGGCCGAGUAUCUCUGCCAAGUAUCGUGGGACAGAGUAGCCAAAGUGAUUAUACUCCCUUUCCCCUAGGAUAGAGCUUCUUGAGUGUUUAUAGCUCUUCCCAAAAUCAGCGGAGGCUUGAUGAAGGGUAGAAUAGGUCUGUGUUUAUUAGUGUGUGUGUGUGUGUGUAUAUGUAUAUAUACACACACACACACACACACAUAAACACAGACCUGUUCUACCCUUCAUCAAGCCUCUGCUGAUUUUGUGUGUGUGUGUGUGUGUGUGUGUGUGUGUGUGUGUGUGUAUGUAUGUAUGUGUAUACAUAUAUACACAUUCCCAAUAGGGGUUUUUGUGAAAAACAUAGCUGAUUUGGCACAAAAUAAUUGAAUUACCUAGUGGACACCAGGGCGCCUAACAAUAAUAACCCUAGACAUACAUGUCCCCCUAUAGUUACAUCCAGGUUUCUUACAUCCCACAUAGCUCUGUUUUGGUAAAGUGACUAGAUUCCAGCGCAGUUAAGUGGCCAGUUAAUCCAUCACAGAUGGCAUGACAUUUCUUGCAUGGUGCCAUUAAAGGGACACUAUAGUCACUAAAACAACUUUAGCUUGAAAGUUAAUUCACUUUUGUUUCUUUAUGCAACCAUAGCCACACCUCCCCUGGCUAUGACUUACGCAGUCUGCUUAAAAACAAAAUGGUUCCAUUUCAAAACAGAUGUAACUUGCGCUUCGAGUUUUUAUCUCCUGCUCUGUAAAUUGAACUUUAGUCGCACACAGGAUGCUCCUGCAUGGUCUAGUAAGGUAACUGCAGGAGAUAAGACAUUUUUAAUUAGACAGCACUUGCAAUAAAGAUAGUGUAAACAUUAAAUACCGCUUUACAGGAAAUGUUAAGGAAGUCCGUUUAAGUGCAGGGAGGUGUGGCUAGGUCUGCAUAAACAAAGUGAUUUAACUCCUAAAUGGCAGGGAAUUGAGCAGUGAGACUGCAGGAGCAUGAGUUAAACACCAAAACUGUUUCAUUAAGCUAAAAUUGUUUUGGUGACUAUAGUGUCCUUUUAACUGUUGGUCUUUAUUUACUUUUUCUAUGAACAGUAAAUUCUGACUGCCUUUAGUUAAAUUCUCAUUUUACAUGUGGCUCUGUGUCAUGGCAGGUGUGAGAUACAAACCUAUGCCACUAUGACUAGAUGUCUUGCUUACAAACACAGAUUAGAGGGAUUGUAAAGCUAAUAGGGGUAAUGUGCUACAUAAUUCUGGGACUUGUCGUGCAAUGAUUCAACUGUUUUAUGUAGGAUCCUUGGUAAAACUACAUAAACUCGCAAAUCAAAGGGGAGGGAGGUCAAAUGAUUUUAGAUGUAUUGCAGUGUGUUUGGGAUUGUGCUGUGGGUACUGUUUUAGCUUAUUUUGAUCUUGGGCAUUUCUCUUGUUACGCAGAGAUUUAUUCAAAUUGCUCUAUUUAUAUAGAAUUACAUUGUUGUGAAGAGUCCUGGAGAGACCGCUGUGCAGAACCAUGGUUUCAGUGUGUCAGACAGACCCAGCAACUCCCAGAGCCCCAGCAUGGUGCCGUCACCUCAUUCUCUGAUACAUGAGAAAAACAAUGACCUGAAGAUCCUAGAACUGGCCAAUAAGAUCAUCCACCUGCUGACUGGAAAGGUGAGGAUGCUGGGUGAUGGUUACUGUAUUAUUGUGUUUCCUCCAUUUAUAAUGUGUAGUCAGGAUGGCCAUCAUUUACUCUUUUACAAACCAGGAAGCUGACCAGCAGUGUUUCAGCAUUGUUGGUCUUUCAUCAGACUAUAGAAGAGAUGCAAGUAGGAUCCCACCUCUUAAUUAUGGAAAAUUGAAUCUUAAUGGAACACUAUAGUGUAGGAAUGCAGACGUGCCCUAACUAGUUGGGCUCCUGCGUCUCCCUCUGUGAAGAAUAAAGGUGCUUUUACUUGCCUUUCCUCCUUUUCAGUGUUGGUCUCCAGUCUUCCAUCCCUCCUCCUUGACAGAGAUCAAAAAGCAUUGGAAGGCUAGUGCACAUUAGCAGCAAAACACAGAGCUGCGCAAAUCAGGUAGUCUCCUGUCCGUAUGAUGGCCAUUAGAAGCAAAUUAACCAUGCAGUCCAAACAUUUCCAUUUUGCAUAGUGGCAAUGUUUCAUAGCUGCAGAGUUAAGGGGGGGGGCGGGGGUGAGACUUGUCGUUGAGAUGAAGUUGUGUGGUUACCUAUUGAAUCACUUUAAAUAGGUUUCUGUUAUAGACCAGAGCUUCCUGGAGGCACCCUAUGCCAGAUAAAACGCCAUUUUAUCUGUAAUCCACUUGUGAGGUUCAGACUUUCAUGAGUAUUUUAUCGUUCCCUUCUAGUCCCGUUUCUCUGGGCCUAUAUGACUGGCUCAUUCCAUUAUCCAUGACAUUUAUCCUCGAUUUCCACAUAUCAUUUGCCAAUCUCACUCUACCCCCAAUGUCACUUGUUCCUUUCAUACCCAAUUUUCUUACUCUUUCCAUAACCCAGUUUAUCUGCUUUUCUUGUCCAACGUCACUCCUGACCGUCGUUAUUGUGCAUAGCUUUUUUAAUCCCCAUUCUAGAUCCUGCUUCUCUCUUUAAUUCACAUGUAACUAACAUGUUGAACAUUCUAAUACUAUUUAACUACAUGUGAAUGCAUGCACACAAUACCUAGGAGCUGUGUAGUUCUGCUUAUUUAGUAGUGUGCUAAGGUUUGAGGAUGUAAAUCUCUAUUUUUCCGUGUAGGUGUGGGAGUAUUUAGAAGGACACAAGGAAACCUAUAAUGAUGCACUGCUGGAGACUCACCAGACUCUCAGCUCAUUGGGUAAGGGAUGGUUUAGCCACCAUUGUUUUGAUUAUGUUUCUGAAUAGAGCCGGUCUUGAGUCCACAUUUUUGCUCUGAAAAAUAAUAGUUGCAAAUUUUAGGAUAGCAUUCACUUUUGAAAGGGAAAUCUACGGUUGACACAUUUGUUCUCAUAAACCACUGAACCAGUGAUCAAUAUGACUAAUUCUCCCGUCACAGGUCCGCUAUCACCGAAAAGGUAAAAAAAAAGAGAAACCUUCUCCAGAUCCAUCCCCUCCUCACAUUAUAAACGAUAACACGCUCCGAUUGUUCAGUGAGUGAUACACCUACGCGUGUGUUGUAGAAAUGAAAUUUGUUUUGGGGGGUGGGGGGGUUUCUCCAUGCAUCCCAAGCAAGUGAUCAGAUGGGAUAUAGCAAUUUAAAACUGAUUAACAGUUCUUAACCCAGUGAACACACAAUAAUUAAAUAAGUGUCAUCAUCCCAUGUCCUCAAAUACUACUUUUCAACUGUCUGUUUGACAUUUUAUGGAAGAUAUUAGUCCAGGCAUAGGCAACCUUUGGAACUUCAGAUAUUUUGGACUACACCUCCCAUGAUGCUUUGCCAGCAUUAUGGGUGUAAGAGCAUUAUGGGGCAUGUAGUCCACAACGUUUGGAGUGCUGAAGGUUGCCUAUCCCUGCCUUCGUCUAUGCUGUGAGAUGGAGAAAAAAGACACGAUCAAACUUUAGUCAUGAGGGAUCUUGAUUCAAACUCCAUGAAUGUAAUAAUCACAUACACCACAAUUUGUGUGUUACACUGGCAGUAUCGGCUGAUAGACAGAGUACUAACAAGAAAGCAAACCUAGGUCAAGGGGUAAUAGUCAGACGUGAAGUUGAACUGGACAGCAAACAAACCUGGACAUGGGGAUUCCUCGAUCCCCACAAAAACUAAAAAAAGGUAGUUUUGCCCCCCAAAAAACUAGACCACUGUAAAUAAACAAUAUACACGAUGAUAACAUCUGUAAAUAAAGGUGUGCAGGUGUGUGUGUACUAUAUUGAAUGAAUAAAUGGAGCCGCUCUCAUUGGUGAAGAACUUGGAAUGCAGUCUCUGUUUACUUUCAAUAUGUCUUUUAGCAGACAGUGAUCCUCAACAUAACAUGAAACCACCUAAGAGAGACUUAGUACGCCUGAUUCAUGUUAAAUCCAAAAAAUAGAUUACAAGGCAGAAAUAAAAACAUUGAACUUGGUUAAAAAGAUUCCAACUCCUAUAUGAUCAUUAUUACAUAUGGAAAAAAUAGAAGGUAAAGAAGCAAGUGACGCGUCCCCCACCUUUUGUACAAGUGGUAGGGAAGAUGUUAAAAAUUUAUAGAUGACUAAGGCCUUUAACGGACCAUUAAAUAAAACACAAUCACUGCAAGACUCCAGACUGUUGGAGACUAAGUUGGCAAUCGAGUCUGUGCCAAGACUUUUCUACAAAAUUAAGACAAAGUAAUAAGAUAAAAUAUAUAUAUUUUGUUUUUAAAUUUUUUUUUUUUUUCCCCCUAUUAGCUGAUUCCAUGAACACACCUGAAGCUGAAGGGUUUAACAUCCUGACUAUCAAAGAAGAUGAACAAACAAUUAAACAAGAAAUAAAAUGCAUUACAAUAAAUAAAAGGGGACGAAAGAGGAAACCUUUGAGAUAUGAGAGAACGUUAUGUGAAGAAAUAGACCUAACAGAUGCUGGCGUUGAUAAAAACUUUCUACAAACUGAGUAUACCUCUAAUCCUAUUCAGAAGGAAUCCAUCUCCUCUAUACAAGAAAACCAUAUAGGCAUUUAUUUACCCACAGAAAAUACACAGACAGAAUGUCCGUCUACUCAUAUUGCCGCGUGUGAAGAAAGUACUGAGCUUGGUUUUCCCACAGAAUACAUGUCUGUUCAUAUUAAAGAGGAAUCACCCUCGUAUGAAGAAGACCUUUUCACAGGUAGUGACACUCCUACACCAAUACUACCUACACAGUUAGAAUAUACACCUACUCAUAUCAAGGAUGAACCAAUUUUUUGUAACCCUGAAAAUCUGUUCGAGACUGACAUUUAUACACCUCCAGAAUAUGCCUCUACGUUUAAGGAGAAAUCAACCACGAAUGAGGAAAGAAAUGUCUCCGACCCACCCGUUUCAACCCCCACCUGUAAAUUUGAGAGCCAACAGAAAUGGAAUAGUAACACACAGCUGGGAGAAAGCAUAGAAAUAUUAAAUCAACGAAAACACACAGUAGACCAGCUGUAUAACAGUUUUGAGAUAAAUAAGGCUUCUGAUACCUAUUCUGAUUUUGAUAAAGAUCAGAAAGCCCAUGAUGGAAAGAAAGUGACCUGUUCUGAAUGUGGGAAAAUUUUUGCCAGUAAGGUACAUUUCUUUGGCCAUCAAUGUUUAUAUCUGAAAUCACGGUUUACCAGAAGGAACAGGAUUUGCCAAGGAGAGAAUUCGCUUUCGUGCUCAUGUGGGAAAUGUUUAAAGACAAAAUAUUUUUUUAGACAUCAGAAUGUGCAUGCUGGUGAAAAGCCAUUUUCUUGUUCCCACUGUGGGAAAUGUUUUAAACUGAAGGCAACUCUUAAAUCUCACGAGAGAAUUCACACUGGAGAAAAACCAUUUCCUUGUGCAGAGUGUGGGAAAUGUUUCAGCCAGAGAUCUGGUCGUAAUACACAUCAGAAGAUUCAUACAGGAGAGAAACCCUUCUCCUGCUCUGUAUGUGGGAAAUCGUUUAGGCACAAGGCCUAUCUUAUCACACAUGAGAGGAUUCAUACAGGAGAGAAACCAUUUUCUUGUUUUGAAUGUGGGAAAUGUUUUAUAGAAAAACCAAGACUUCUUGCACACCAAAGGAUUCACACAGGAGAGAAACCAUUUGUUUGUUCUGAAUGUGGGAGAUCUUUUACAAAUUAUUCAAAUCUCCUCGCACAUAAAAAGAUUCACAAAGGGGAAAAACCAUAUUCUUGUUCUGAAUGUGGAAAAUGUUUUAGUAAGAGGGUAUACCUUACCUCUCACCAAAUACAAGGCUGUUCAAGUACAUCUGAUAUACAUUUCUAAAGCCCAAGGAAAGGGGCAUGCAGAAUGUCCUGGGAAGACACCACAAAGGGAUGUAUGUUUGCAAUACCACCAAUGCUUUCAGCAACACAGUAAACUCUUUAGUAAGAGUUUAGUGUUUUUUUUGGAAAUGUCAUUAACCGAAAGAUAACAGUUCCUAUUUUAGGAACAUAUAACCCACUUUUGUGCAAGUACCAAUCACUUGAGCAGGUAUUCUUACCCAUGCAGAAGGGAAUAUUAGCAGCUACACUAAAUUCCUGCACACAAACAUCCCAAAAUAAUCACUAAAAGUAUUCUAACAUACUGACUAAACUUGUUCUCGAAAUGCCUAGACCACAAAUGAUUAUUGAUGCAGUCGCUCUAGUUUAGUGAACUACCAGUAUUCUAUACACAAAUUUGUAAGAUGUUCCCACCAUAGCAGAUGAAUACAACUCGAUAUAAUCACCUCGAGGUUUCAUUGCCCAAAGCAGAAUUGUACCAUAGUAUAUUUUUCUUUGGGGCAACACUGUCACCAGUUGGGGACUUUGCCAAAUUUGGCAAAGUCCCCUGAUGGUGACAUCACCGUUGUGGGUCUAGUGUCUGAACGGGCACUUAUCUUGAUACGGGGGUCCUCUUUGGAGCUGGUCACUGCUGUACUCUUCCACAUACAUGAGAGUACAGCAUUUAAGCCCAAUGGCGGAUCGUACGAGAUAGCGGGAUCUUCCAUAGACCGUCAAUUCCCUGUAAAUCCAUAGCAUUUUCUUUUUUUGCGAUUUCUUCUAUUUCCCCUUAAUUCUAUGGAACGUUUAAAAGAAAAACAGGAUUUUGUUAAAAUAACAAGAACAAAAUAGAAAUAUUAAAUACUAUUACAGAUUUGUUGUUGUAAUAAACAUUAGUUGAG